UUCGAUGGUUCUGUUUUUGUGACGUCAAUAAACGUGAAUAAACUGAAAAAUUACUGUAAAAGCGACAAACGUAAACAAUGGCCAAGCAGAGAUCAGUCCGCGCGAGGGUGACGCCGAUUAAUGUGCCGGUCUACGAGUUGCCUGAAUUCGUUUGCGUUGAGACUCGCUGGGUAACAAAAGAAAAGAGGGAGGUCAUGGAUUUGGAAAAGCUACUGCCAACGAAUCGCUUGUUGAAACUGCAUAAACCCACAAAGGACAAUUACACCAUGACCAUGGCCGUGCCCCUUACCACGACCACGGGCAAUCCCAAUCGUGGGAGAUCUGUGCAGACGGAAGCAAAACAAACUUCCGACAAAGCUAUCCAGUGCGGCUACGAUGAGGAAUGGGAGAACUGGAUUACGCCGCCACAGGCAUCCCCGCCCGAUAUCAAUCGAGACGAAAGCAUCUUUCUAAACUUUGUCAGUGAGAAUACCAGUAUGUUUCCCAAUGGCAUGCUCGAGUGCAUGCUUUGCGGUGAGGUGGCAAUGGCCCUGCAGGAGCAUCAGAACCACAUGACCGCACACCAAAAACCACAGCAGCUGUGCCAUUGUUGUGGCCGGAAAAUGCAUCAUUGGCAUUGGCACAAAUACAAGUGCGUGGAGUAUCCAAAGGCAAUGAAGGUGAAAAGGCGCCAGGUGGCCUUGGAGUUUAAGUGUCCUCAUUUGCAGUGCCAUGUGGUGGCCAAGUCGGAAUCCCAUUUGCGUCAGCACAUGGCGCGGAGGCACUUGAACAGACCAGCCUAUUCUUGCCAUCAAUGCAAAUGUCGUUUCGAAACAAGCUUGGACUUUCUUCUCCAUCGACAAGAGAACACCAAGUGUCUGAAGGCUAAACCCAAAUUUGUCUACCGGCAUAAACGAGCUCUACUAUCGGGCAACCGGUGCUCCGUAUGCCUAAAGCGUUUCCAAAACAAGUUCAAGUGCUCAGUGCACAGAAUUAAAUGUUUAAAAGCACAUCUAACCGUUUGCGCCGGAUUACUACUUGCCACUAAUUAGUGUUACAACUUUUUUAGGGUUUUAUUAACAAUAGAUUAAAAGCAUUUAAUUAACAUUUA